UGGCGGUUGUGAUCGACUUCAUGUUGAGUGUGAAGACUUCCUUGGCAUUUGGGGUAUACUGGUAACCUAUGCCAAAGAUAACACACCCAGAAUUAUCAUUUGUCAGAGUACGGUAAUUGUGUUACCGAAUGGCAGCGGCAGGGUGGAUUUUAACGAAUGCAAUUGGGAAACUCGCCACUCGGUACAUCAUGACCCCCGAACGCGGGUAUGAUCACUACCUAUAUAACAUCCGCCUCUCGCUUCCAAAAUCGUUAUUGCAGAGCCGGUCGGUUACCGGUAGUGUAACUAGUUUCUUUAUCUUAAAGAAACCUUGUUCCCCUCCCACCAUCACCACCACCGCCAUCACCGUCAUCACUGCUCUUAUCACCUUCCCCCUCUCUCCCACUUUCUCCCACCUUCAAUUCCUGCUCUAGGCUUCUGCCCUUACUUCCAUACAAUCUUCACUCUUAACCCUUCAAAACGCCAGCCAGGAGAUAAAAAUAACAAAAAAGAGUUGAGAAAAAUGCUCUCCUUCCUCGCAAACCCGCCCAAACGCACGCACACCGCCAGCCUCGACCCCCUCCCUCUCGUUGGACACUACACUUCCUCCUUCCCCAACUCGCCGAAACCUUCCAUCAUUGCCAAUCGCCAAUUCCUACCCCCAUACUCGGGGCCAAACACCUUCGGCACACCGCCGUACCACUACCACCUUCGCCAAUACGAGACCUUCACCGUGGAGUCGGGCAGCCUGCUCGUCACAGUCGACGAGCAGAAGUCCGAGGUCAGGACCGGUGAGAGUGUGACUGUGCAGCCGGGGCAGUACCAUACCUUCCGCAAUGCGAGCGAGAGCGAGGACUUGCAGAUCCUGAUCGAGUUGCCGAGGUUGGGGGGAAAUGUUGGUAUGUUUGAGGAGAAGUUUUUGAGGAAUAGCUUUAGCUAUGGGAUGGAUUGUAAGAGGGAUGGGAAUGUGGGGGAGCCCAGUCCUUGGCAGAUGUUGUUGUUCCUGUGGGAUGCGGAGAUUUUCUUGGCGUUUCCGUGAGUAUCCCCUGCUUACCUGUUCCCCCACACUGGCCCGGAAGAGGAGACUAAUUGAAGAUGGGGGGGACAGGAUUAAAGGUGUUCCCAGAAAAAUCCAGAGGGGAGUAUCCUGGAUCGUGAUGUUUGUUGGCGGUGUCGUGAUUGGCGAACGAUUACUGGGGUAUAAGAGGACGUAUCCGGAGUAUUACAACGAGCCUUCGGGAGUUGGAGAGCAAACUAAGGGCGAGGGUGAUGGGGCGAAAGUUGGGAAGGAAGACUGAGCCCCUGCUUUGCCUUGAUUUUUUUUCCUUCUAUCUCACACCUUGAUUUUUUGCCCCCCGUAUCAUGAUACGGUAACCUCUCUUCCCAGCGGCGCGGGGAUAGCGCGAGAUAUGAUACCAUUCUAGCACAUAGUUUUUUCAUACCCCUUUCCCCCUAUUCCUUAUCCUUAUUCCCCUGCUCAAAUCAAUGACCCUCCUAGUACGGGACGACACAAAUCCCACAUAAUGACGUCUCAUGAUCAAUACAAAUCACUCGCCCAAUAAAAUACUCUAAGUGUCCUACUAUCCUUCCUCCCUUCAAUUCCGCCCCCUAUCUACCAUACAUGACGGCAAAAAGAAAAUAAAGGAAAAGAGAACGUCAGCCCAGUGACACCGUGCGAAACAAGAAUAGAGCAGUAAUGGUAAGUGAAUAAAUAAGUAUGACGGGUAGCAAUACCAAUGAAGUUUAAAAAAGAAAAAGGCAAGCGGGACGGUGGUUUUCAUAGCGCAAACAGUAAAAGAAACUAUUCAGAGAGUGUGUAGGGAGGAGGGAGGGGAUAAAAGGAAGAAAGAGUCUAACACCCAGUUUUCAAGCAGACUAAAGUGAUGAGUUCACGAAAUACCAAGUGUUCAAUGGAGGGGUUAGGUGAAUAGAGGUAAGGAGUAAAAAUGGGUAAUAGUGCUUUGUGAGAGACAUGGGUAAAAAAUAAUAAUAAUAA